AUGCCGAAACGAAGCCGUCGUAGUCGCAGCGAAGCAGUCGGCACUCCCUCCUCCACCGACUGCACGCAGGCUGGGAUGGUUGUCACUCUCUCCACCCUUUCCACACAAAAGGAGGAGGAAUUUUUGGGAGAACCGGUGAGUCAGCUGGACCUCCUAACCCCCCUGGUACAUCACUACAUGCAACUUAUACCGCCAUCGGAGGUCACUUAUCUGAACCACAGUGGCAGUGCUGCGAGCCGCCCUCACGCUCCUGGAAACGGUAGCCUGGAUGGUAAUACCACGGUGAGUAGGAGCACACGCACGGAGGGUAGUGACACCAGCACCAUAACCUCACAGCAGGUGGGGGGGAGGGAACCUGCACCACCAUACAGAUUUGAGAUGCUGAAAUCGUUUGCCAUUCCAAACGAGGUCGUCACUUACCUGGAGCGAGUUCCUCUUCUCCCACCCACUCAAGGGGCCGAGGAUGAAACCGGUAACAACGAGCGUGUUCGGGGGGAAUCAUUCGAGGCCUGGGGAAAUGUCAACGGCACUAGCAGCAGCGCUCCAAAGGGCCGACACGCUGGGGAAACUGAGACUCUGUUGGUAGCCGCCCUGCGUCGCGCUAUGGAUGUCCGCCUUCCUCCGUUUGCAGAUGACAGUGAGUUUCUUAUGGCGCACGAGAUGCGCUACAUAUGGCGUCGGUGGGUGGAAGGUACCUCGGGCCUCGUGGGCUGUAACGAGCACGUGCUUCGUAUGCUGAUGACAGCCCGGCUGGACUUCUGCCAGCAGUGCAGACCCUGCCAAUCCGUAGUGGCAGAGCUCUACGUCCAACAUACGGCCAUCCGUCUGCAGAAAAUGGCACGGCCUCCACGCAUUAUUCGGCUUUCGAACAAAUUAAGCCUUAGUCAACACGAGACCGCUGCCCUUACGUAUCUUGUUAUAUGUCAUAGUGGCUCUGUGUGGCCGCAGAAAUGCUCGAAAGAUUCCACCACUCCUGGUACACUCGCCUCCAGGACUGGUUUGAAUCCCGUACAGCUCAUGCACUUUCUCGCCGACUAUCGCAACCAUGUGAAGCAAGGGGUAAUCGCCACGGAAUCCAAAUUCAAGACGACGUUCAUGGAGUCCAGGGUGUACAUGCCGCAAGAGGUGAUUGCUGCACUUGUCGGAGAUAAUCUCCCGGAGGAUCAGCUUAUUAAACUGGAAAAAACGGCUCUUGCUGACGUCCUCACCGAGGAGCGCGCUACUAUUCGUGCCAAGUUUGCAGAAAAUGGGGUGAAGGAAGGGGGAGAAGGCAACGCCGCGGAAACGCCAGUGUGUACAAACGUCCGCAAGAGCGAAAAGCGGGCGGGAAGCAAUAACGGAUGGGGCGAUGGGGAUGUCAAUGACGAUGAUGAUUACGAUGAUGAAGAAAUGAAUCUACAUACUCUAAGUUGCUGUAGCGGCAGCCGUUCACCACGGUUGGAGGCACCUGGUACGCAAUCAGCGGUGGCACCAAGUGGCAGUGAAGCGCCCGCAAGGGAUUUGAGCGCCGUGGAGUGUCGUGGUGGAUCACACCCGCAGGCAAACUUUCAUUCUCCCACAACGAACAACACGGGGGGCCUAACAUCACCCUUGCUUGCGGCAACUGCGCGAGAAAAGAGCGCGCCAGGAGGUCAUACUGACCGUAUGGACAUUGAGGAAGAAGGUGCUAAACCGUAUGCAAGCGACAUCGAGUACAUGGAAGAGUCCUUCAAACUUAUAGCGUAUACAGUGCGCCUUCAUGGUGCAGAGAGCGACAUGAAGGAUGAAGAAGAUGCCAUAUUUGUACCGAAGAACAAGGUAGAGGCGACGAUGCGGGAGCUACACGGGAAGGUCCGAGUUAAGACGGCGGUUCACCUCGCGCGUACAGAGGCUACGCUCAGGUGUGGCACGUUUCUUCCACGGGCUGAGGCCUUAUCCCAGCGGCUGCAGUUGUCGGACCUCGAAAAGCGUAUACUGUUGCUGAUGGUGGGAAAUGUUGUCUCGCACGACGUACUAAUCGCUAUCAACGGUCGUUACGUGAUGCGGGAUGGUCAGCGUGUGAUGACGGUGGGUUACAUACUGUUUGUAUUGUGUAGCACUCUUCGGGAGCGUGUCAGCGCGCGCAAGGCGUUCUACCUUUCCGGGCCACUAGUAUCCAACGGUGUGUUGUCCCUGUCCAUUGAAGGUUCAGGACGAAGCUGCUUCAACACAGACCUUAUGGAUUACAUAGUUGAUAUUGACCGCAAAAUUGUCGACUACCUGAUGGGUACGGAGAGUGAAACGGCGGAAAUGGUACCUGGUUCGCGGCUUUACCAACCAAAUGUUUCCAUGAGCAGCGUCGUCCUCCCAAAAUCAACGACUGAUCUGGUUCUAUCGACUAUACGGCACUAUGGCAUGUUUGAGGAAUGCAAGCGGAACUGUGGAUUUGGUGAGGGACUCGGUACAGGGGGAAGUGGUCUGGUGUUCCUAUUCUACGGACCAAGCGGAACGGGCAAAACAAUGCUUGCAAAUGCCGUGGCACACGAGCUCAAAAAGCGGAUACUCCUAGUUAACAUGCUACAGUUCAAGUCGGAAGCAAAGGGAAGCGACGUGCUACGCUUUAUAUUCCGUGAAGCAAAAUUAAACGAUGCGCUGAUCUUCUUUGAUGAGUGUGAAACCAUAUUUGAAGCUCGUGAGGCCAACCCGUUCGUUACAUCCCUUCUCGCAGAGUUUGAAAAGUACGACGGGAUUGUUGUGCUCGCAACAAACAAGGCGCAGGUGAUCGACGAGGCAAUGAAUCGCCGCAUUUCGCUGAUGGUGGAGUUCCGGCUCCCCGAUCAGCAGAUGCGGGAGGGAAUAUGGCGGGCGCAUAUCCCCAGCGCCCUUUCUCUGCAUGAGGACGUGUCCGUUCGUGCCCUGUCACUAAACUAUGAAAUCUCUGGUGGGCUCAUCCGUAACGCAGUGUUAACGGCUCUCAGUAAGGCAGUGGCUCGGGAACGAUCGCCGAGUCCUAUGUUAUGUAUGCAAGACCUUGAGGAGGGGGCGCGACUGCAGUUACGAGGCUUCUUCCUUGCUUCUGAAAAACCCGGCAAGACCGUAACGGCGUCGUAUCAUACUCCAAAGCGCUCCCUCUCCGACCUUGUACUGGAACCUGAGACCCAACAACAGUUGGAGGGUGUAGCACGGUUGGCAAAGGGGAGGACCACACUUUUUGCACAAUGGGGUUUUAAAGAGGAAGACUGUGCAGAUAAUGGAUCGUUGUACCUCUUCCAUGGUCCAAGUGGCAGCGGCAAGAGUCUUGCGGCGGAGGGCAUUGCGUAUGAGUGCGCCACGACCAUUCGUCUAUGCAACUUGGCGGAGCACAUGCUGUUAGACAAAUUGGAGGUGGGUACUGUUUUCAGCGAGGCACUUACGUUGGGUGCAAUUAUCGUCUUUGAUCAGGCGCAGGUGCUGUUCAAUCAUUCCCAGCAAGGAGCCCAUGUAGCGAAGAUCAUCCACUACCAUUCCAAACAAUUCCCUCGACCUAUACUGUUCUUAGCCACGGUCGAUGGGUCUGGAUCGUCGUUCCUUGACUUGCGCUCCACACCGUUGAUCUUUCAGCAAGAAAUUAGGUUUAGUUUGCCCACACAACACCUUCGACGGAUACUGUGGGGUCGUGCACUACCGGAGAACGUACCUGUUGAUGAGAAGGGUAUCGAUCUUGACGAGCUUAGUAAAUUAUCUGUGUCCCCAAAACUUAUACGUGCAGCGGCAUUUAGCGCGUGUUGCAAAGUUGCAACGCUACCAGCAGCGAAUAGACUCUUGACGAUGGAGCUACUUCGUGAAGAAGUAGAAAACAUGAAACUAAAGGAAAUGCAACAUCACUCGCACAACUCAAUGUUCGCCUAA